AUGAAGAAGGCUGGCAUGAUUGUAGAAUUUUGUCUGAUUCAAUUCUGGGUUUGUAAGGCUCUGUACCUUGACCUGGGUCAAGCGGAAGAAACGGGAGCUGGUAAAAUAUCCCAUACACAAAUUAGUAAUCACAAUUUACCCCCGGAAGGGUAUGAAAAUGACGAUUUUGGCACUGGAAAUGUGACUUCGUUUGCAGAAAAAGCCGCUGGAAAGUCAAACAGCACCAAAACUAAGAAGCCCAAACACAUCAAAAAAUCAACUAAUAAGCCAAAUAAUCAGAAGGAAAAGGUGAAGGAAACGAAGAAAACAACUGUUGAAGAGGAUAAUGACAAUUCUAAGAGGACAAACUCGAGAGAUUUAAGCGUGUGUAAGAAGGGACCAAAGUGUAAAAAACACUCCAACAACCCCUCAAACAACUUUUCCAACGAUUUGUCCGAUGAUUUAUCAAACGAUUUACCCACUGGUAAAAGGGGUAAAAGGGGUAGAAAAGAAAGGCUGGCUGCGAUAAAGAGUCACAAUUUGUAUAGUGAAGAUUUUGAGUCAGAGUCAAGGGUUAGUAAAAAAAAGUUAAGCCCUAAGAUUAAGAACUUUGCCCUAAGCUCAGCAAGUAAAAUUGCUCAACAUGGCCUACCAAUUGCCACAAAAUUAGCCAACAACUUGAUAAACAACAAGUUACCAGAUGAUGAAGAAGAUGCAGAUGACGCAGAUUUGGGCGACAUCCUCGGUGAAGACGAUGACAAUAAUGACAAAGGUGAUGAAGAUGAUAAAAGUGAAGAUUUGACAGGAGAAAAUAACUCUAAUGACGUUGAAGAAGAUGAAGAAGAUGAAACGGGAGAGUCUGAGGGAGAAUAUGAAGCUGGCGAAGGGGAGGAAGAAGAAAAUGAAACUGAUGAUUUACAUGAGGAAGAAACUAAUAAUGAUGAAGAAUCAGAUGAUCUAGAAGACACAGAUGACACACAAGAUGAAGUAGAAGACACAGAAGAAGAGUCAGAGGAACUGGAGGAUGUGGAUUAUGUGAAGAGGUUUAAGACACCGUCAGGAUUAGAAUAUCUUGGUGCUGGUUAUGACUUGAUAAGGGGAAAUCCUUUGGGAGACAGUGUGACUUUGUUGGAUCCAGGUUACAAAUCCAGUGUGAUUCAAAUGCACUGGAGUAGAAAUAUUGAAAAUAUCUCCAACAGCUUGAGGUUUUUACAGCCCGUCGGUGGCUGGAUCAGGCCCUACUCUUCCUGUCACAAGGUAACUGAGAUUAACUCUUGUAAAUCUUUACUGAAGUCACUUUCAGCAGAUGCGAGUGUUUCUUUAAGUUUACCCGGUGACGUGUUCAAAUUUUCAGCCUCAGCCAAGUUUAAAAAACUCCAAGACGUUUCUAAAUCUGGGAAAAGUAAAAUGUUCAUUAACAAAUCAUACUGCUUCAAAUACGUUGCCGGGAUCUCAACCUCGCUAAAAUGGGACUUUACACUUGGAUUCCAAUCUUCCCUCGGGAGAUUAAGUGAUUUCAAGGGACUUGAAAAGGACUCAAUCUGUAAACCUUUUAUCUAUAGAGAAGAUCCUAAGAAUGAAAACUGUCAGGAACUUGGCAUCUCAGACUGGAUGGAGCUUUUUAACACUUUCGGGACCCACGUAGCAACUAAAAUUUACCUGGGAGGUAAGAUAUUUACAACGUUGGAGAUAAAGAAGAGUCAGGAGAAGAAGUUAAGUGACCAGGGAUUAGACGUGAGGGCUAUACUGUCAGCCAAGAUUAAGGACACUGAUAUUGAUUCCAAUGUUGAGGUUUCAACUAUAAAGUCUAAAAACGCCGGAGACUUUUUGCUGGACACUAAAAAGUCAACGUUUGUGCUUGGCGGGGAUAUUUACGGCCAUGGUAAAACGAUAGAGUUUGCCGAAUGGGCGAGAUCCGUAGCAGAUCACGCAAUGCCCAUAAAGGCUGAAUUUACGCCGAUUUCUCAUUUUAUAGAUAAAAACCUUCGUGACGCCUAUAAUAAAGCUUAUUUAUACUAUGGUAAAGUUAUCCUCGAGAGUGACUUUUUGAGGUAUCAAUCUCAAGUAGAACUAACCCCCGAGGACCUGAUUUCUGAGGUUGAAAUUGAGCAUGCCCAGGGCACUGGUGAUGUCAAGGCCAGUUGCAAGGAUGGAAAGCUUGUACAAUUUGGAUUCAUGAUAUUAUCUCUAAAGGAUGGGAACCAUGAGGUUAAAGAGUGUCCAAUCCACGCUACCGAGUGUUCAGCUCCUGCUCAUGAAAAUGUCGGCCAUUCCACACUGUGGAUCGCCUGCAGAGCCCAGAACAUAGUAAACCUAAGACAAACUAUAACCAAGGAACCCGCGUGCGAUAACGGGUUUCACAUCUUCCUCGGCACAUACUUCUUCGAAAACAAGUCCAAAUACCUACUCAUGAAACCCUGCAAACUCGGUGAGACGAGGUGUGAGACUGAGGGUGAUCCGUUGUAUACGUGGCUUGUGUGUAUAAAGAAAUACUGGGAUUUAAACUCCAAGAGUAAAAUCGUUAAAAGAACCGAAACCUCCUCCAUCACCUGUAAAGAGAAUCAGGAAAUCGCAUUUGGAAUUGGAUUUGAGUGGAUUAAGGACGAGAGCAAGUUUAAAUUUCCGAGGUUUAUCCAGUGUAAAACACAUGAACCAGAGUGCUCCCACACUUGCCCCGAAUACUGUAACCGAAUCGUACAAUACAUCAUUUGUAAAUAA